AUGGCCGAACACGACAGGUUAACAGAGCUGAUGAGCUCCCCGUUUGAGCGGAGCAUCACACUAACAUCUUCAUACCUAGUCUCGUCUUUUUCCAUCUGGGGCCUUCCCCCCAAUUUCAAGGUCGACGAAUUUACUUUUUGGAAAAAAAGUUACAGCUACGACGCUCAGAUGCUUUAUUGCUCGAAAAACGCAGAACUUCAACAACACUUUGCAAAGUUUAUUGCCCCACAACCCGUCACUGUUACAAACACCAACAAGUUAGACAUUUUAAUGACUCCCCCGAAGAAGUAUCUUCUUAUCUUACCUGGAGAGACUACAACCUCUUUCUGCGCAUGCAUUGUGAGAAAAGAGUUACUCCCAUUCCCAAGUGACUUUGUACAAGAAACGAAGUUGCAACAGAUAUACACAUAUGGGAACAACCAACUGGUCACCGACCGUAUCUAUUGUUUUGUCUCGGAAUUUCCUUUCAUCAACGCACUCUUUGCAAUGUUGGAGGAUAUGGAGCGAUACGAUUUCCACUCGAAGCUGAACUAUAUCAGGACUUUUUACCUGAGAAACGGGGGGAACCCAACAGAAAAAUACGUGUCAGAUAAAGCACGAAUGGAGGCGUACCUUUCUCGCGUUUUAAAAGUCCAGGCACCUUCACUCACACAAAUAGAGUACCCGAUCGAAGUCACGCCCGCUCCAAUAAGAUACUUUACACGAACUUCUAUCUAUUCCACAUACCCAACAUCAGACCAAAUGCCCGCCUGUUGUCUUAAUAUGAUAGGGGACUACGCGUUGUGUCGAAUGUUUGUAGGACUUCAACCGAGUGUGAUAUUCAAUGCACUUGCUUCCUUGCUCACAGGAAGUUCAGUGAUACUGGUGGGGAGUAACGCGUCACUUAUCACUUCUUCUGUCUUUGGGUUACUCACAUUGAUGUACCCUUUCAUAUGGCAAGGGGUGUUAAUCCCCUUUGUCCCUGUCGCAUUACAAGAAUUUCUUGAAUCGCCCGUGCCAAGUCUCUACGGCACAGAAAUACCAACAGAUGUCACUCGUGUCAAUGCAAAUGUUUAUCAACUUGAACAUGGUAACUUGUUUGACCCAAAUUUGGCCAAGAAAAUUAUUAAAACAAUUCCUUCGGUACAACACAGUCUUCCAUUUCUGGGGGAGUUGACUGCAGCAGUGAAUUCAUGUGUUGUUGCGACGUUUUCAGAAGUCACAAAAUUGAAAUCGUUUGAAGAGAGAGAACGAGCACUUGAAAAAAUUCCACAAGAGAAAUUGGUGAGAUUUUCGACGGAAGUCAUCCAAGCAGUCAAACAUCAAUUUUAUGAUAAAAUUUUAACGAUCAUGAAAAAUUUCUGCAUGUCGCACGGCCCAAUCGACUUGACCGAUUUUAAACGAAAAUUCCCACAACUCAUUAAACAUGAAACACAUAAGAGAUUCAUCAUCGACAUGAUCGAAAGUCAACACUUUAACGUCUGGUGGUAUAGAAAUAAGAUGAGCGAACUCACUUCAAAAAUCGUACAACACCCAUCACCAACGAGUUUUGGGGGCUCAAGAGCACCUUCAGUCCCUUCAUUGUCACCUUGCAGAACACCAGAUAUCAGGCCUGAGGAAAUGAAUAAGGAAGCAAAGAUGACAAGUCCACAAACACCACUCGACAUCGAAUAUGGGAAAGAAAGACGUUCCAUUGGCGAGAAAACAGUGCUGAGAAGUGACCAUAAAAGCACACAAAAAGGAGAGCACCACAUAACAGUUCCUAAGAACGAAAAGGUGGACUGCAUAAAAACCCCAGGUCCUGAAAAACAAGAGGAAAAAAUUGAAGAGAGUAUUCAACAAACAGAGAAUAUGACCAAUACAAGAGGAGAUGGUGUGGCAGGUCAGGAGGAGAUUCAAGCGGAAAUAAAGACCGAAGAAAAAGUCGAUCAAAAGGAGAAGGAGACCCACGAAGAAGAAAAAGUGAGUCCACCAUCACCUAAGGAGAACAACACACAGAACGUCGAGCAAGAGAAGAAAAGAUGCAUCGACCCAUUGUCUUAA